CAACACCACAACGCUGCGACACCACGACAUCACGACACCACUACACCUCACGUCCCCCAGCCUCAGCCGCCGUCCUCUGCCAAUUCCCACCCUUUCUUUCGUUCUUCCGAAUGCUGGACUGAACCCUCCGCUUUUCGCUCGUUAUCCCUUCACGCUCAUGGAUACUCCAGACGGCCAGUGGGCCUCGACAAGGACGCCCAGUUCCCGCCCAGCCUCCCAGAAAUCCCACCGUUCCUCACGGUCUGCGCGGUCGCAGCCCUCAAGCAGGACCACGGAAGAGACCCCGCUAUUGGCAAGAGAAGGCAGGACUGACCGAAGCGAAGGAAGCGACGAGGCUGAUGACGUCGAGCCCGAGCACACCCCAGCGACCACAUCGCUGUUACGCUCGCUGAGCGGCUCCUCGGAAACAGGCCCUUUGAAGCCGCUGUGGAAGCGAAGAUGGCCCAGCAUAUUAGCCCUCAUCAUUCUGUGCCUCGUCGUGGUUAUCAUCAUGCUUGGCUUCUUGACUACAGAGGCUGUCCAGGAAUACGCCAUCCAAGCUGCCGACUUCCACCCCACCAAGCUAUCACUAGACUCGUUGACCGACACUGGUGUCAGAGUGCGGGUGCAAGGCCUUUUCACUAUGGAUGCUUCCAAGGUCAGGAAGACGUCUGUUCGCAACAUUGGCCGGCUCGGCGCCUGGAUUGCCCGCGAGGUCGAGAGCGAAGCUACCCAUGUUGAUCUCUAUCUUCCUGAGUACGGCACCGCCAUGGUCGGCACGGCCAGAGUACCCGGUAUCAAGGUAAAUAUCCGCAAUCGCCAUACUACGCAUCUUUCAUUCUUCGCCGAUCUGGACCCUGGCUCCUUUGACAACAUACGUAACAUUGCAAAUGAUUGGCUUGAUGGCCGGUUGGGGCAGAUUCGCAUAAAGGGCAAGGCAGAUGUGCCGCUAAAGUCCGGCCUGAUACCCCUCGGCAGUCAAUCCAUUGAGGAGUCGCUCGUGUUCCAAGGACAUGACCUUCCUUCGCUCCCUCGGUACGACAUUACAAAGUUCAACAUCCGAGAAGCCAGAAACGGGAGCCAUGGCAUGGGGGCUGAUUUUUCCAUUCUGGUGACGAAUGAAUACCCUGUAGACUUCUCAAUCCCCCCUGUCUCUGUGGACGUUCUCGUCGAUGGAUGUGUCCCUUCGGAUCCAUACAUCAUGGUCGGAACUGCCGCUACGGAGAGAGUUCACGUGGAGCCUAAAGUGGACAUGCAAGUCAAUGUCACAGGGAAGGUGGAGAGCUUGCCUGAAGAGCUGACAGCGGAAUGCCCCAAUUCCCUCAAAUCCCCUCUCGACUCCUUCAUAGGCAACUACAUGCAUGGGGAAGGCUCGACCGUCUACAUCAAGUGCUGCAAGUUCCCUGAUCCGGAGACGCCCGAUUGGACUCGGGCCCUCUUGAGGGACAUCACCGUUCCAGUCCCGUUUGCUGGUCGCGACAUGGGCAAUCUCAUUAAGAAUUUCUCCCUGGAUGACGUGCAUUUCUCUUUCCCCGACCUGUUCGCGGAUCCGGAUUCUCCCGAAGCUCAACCACAGAUCUCCGCUCUCGUCAAGGUGGAAGUAGGUCUGCCCAAUGAGAUGAAUUUCCCUCUCAAUGUCACCGGCAUUGGGGCCAACGCCGACGUGUUCUACCAUAGGAAGAAGUUUGGCAAGCUCCAUCUCACCAGGUGGCAGGCGGCCAACUCGACAAGGAUCGAAGCACAUGGGGAAGAAGGGCCCUCACUAUUGGUAGAGGCAGAUAUCAAGGACGCCCCUCUUGAGAUACUUGACGACGACGUAUUCAGCGAGGUCGUCAAGGGUAUUGUUUUGGGUGGAAGGCCUAUCACGCUGGACAUCAAGGCAGCAAUGGAUGUUGAAGUGAACACUCCUAUUGGGAAGUUCGCAGUGCGAGAGAUUCCUGCCGAAGGAGUUGUACCAGUCAAGCCGGUUGGACACGACAAAGGAGGCAAAGGCUUUGGCGCCCUAUCUCCUAGGAUCUACAAUCUGACGAUCAUGGACACGUCUCCUACCGGCGUCACACUGCAAGCGCUUGUCAAUUUCACAAACCCGACAAAGUACUCGGCUACCGUUCCUUACUUCAACAUCAACAUCCUCGUCAAUGACACUAUCCUCGGGCAAGCUACAGCAAAGAAUGUGUUUGUGCAUCCCGGGAACAAUACUAACGUGGCUGUGACCGCCGUCUACGAUCCCAUUACCAACAGCGGCAGAGCAGGGAAAUUUAUUGGCAAGGAACUCCUUUCCCAAUACAUAUCCGGCUACAACACAUCCCUAACACUCCAAACCCACAAUGGCACCAUCCCCUCUCAGCCUUCCCUCGGUUUCGCCCUCUCGCACCUCCCCGUCACGCUCCCAACGCCCAGACUCCAUGGUCCGAAACCCCCCUCCGACGGCAACGACCCCAAGGAUCCAAAUGACGACCCCUCGAACGACGACGAUUCCCCCCACUUCAUCCGCGAUGCAACUAUGCACCUCAUCUCCUCAACCGCUGUCUUCACCCUUGCAUCCCCACUCUCCACAACCACGCUCUACAUCACCAACCUUAAUGCAACCGCCUUCUACGACGGCAACCCGUCCGGAAAAAUUCUCUACGAAUUGCCGUUUGCAGUACCACCGGGGUUAUCUAUGACACCGAGGUUACCGGUGGAUUGGAGUUUGGGGAGUGUAGGGUAUGAAGCUAUCAAGAAGGCGUUAGGGGGAACGCUUAAAUUAAGUGCGUAUGCGGAUGUGAGCGUUAGGAUUGGGAGGUGGAAUCAGGAUAUUUGGUUUAGGGGAGGUGCUAUUGGUGCGAAUGUGAGGUUAUAGGUUGGUUGGAUUGUUGUGUGUGUGUGUGGCCGGUCUUGGUAGGUUUGGGUCUUGGAUUGUACAAAUAUGUAACCUUUUAGCUUCAAGCUUCAAGCUUUGAUAGAAUUUGGGGGGGCGAUGGUAUGGAGUCUGUAGUCGCUUUUUAGGCAGGCAGGCGGACAAGGUCCGAGACCUAUAACAUGCCCUAGCAUACAUAAAUGAUUUCUUUUG